CCCUCUGGUCCCUCUCUCUUUCUUGCUGGAUGCAAUCUCUAGGCCAGUUUAAUCUCUGGUCCCUCUCUCUUUCUUGCUGGAUGCAAUCUCUAGGCCAGUUUAAUCUCUGGUCCCUGUCUCUCUUUCUUGCUGGAUGCAAUCUCUAGGCCAGUUUAAUCUCUGGUCCCUGUCUCUCUUUCUUGCUGGAUGCAAUCUCUAGGCCAGUUUAAUCUCUGGUCCCUGUCUCUCUUUCUUGCUGGAUGCAAUCUCUAGGCCAGGUUAAUGUGUGCUUUGAGAAGUCAUAGCCGGUGACAGGGGCCCACUUUGCAGGCGCUGCUUUUCAUGAGAAACUGAAGGAAUCCCCAGAAGUGGGACGGCUCUGGUAGGAAAGUGGGCACGGAGCACAACAGUGUUACUGAAGCAGAAGAAGCAUAUGGAACUGAUUAGUGGGCAGGGCAGCAGACGCCAGUGAGAGAGAGAGAGAGAGCUGCUCAACCUUCGCCUUGGAUGGAUUUGGGAGAAGGUGAAAGUGAGUAAGAUAGAGUGAAAGUGAGAAAAAGAGGGAAAGAGGGGAUAAAGCAUUCAUUGAUGGAGUGAAGAGUAAGAUAAUAAUAUAAGUUCUGGCUCUCUGUGUGAGAGAGCAGAGGAAUGAGCGUGGGGUACCACUGUACGUCUCUCUCCUGCAUUCAUAAAUGGGUUUUAUGAAGUACUGAGGGAGGGUGAAACUUUAGGGCAAUGUAAUAAUAAGCCCGUGUUUUGGGGGGGAGGGGUUUUCUGGGGGAGACGGUGAGUCACCCAAGUUCACAGCAUGGCGUUCACAGACUCUGAAAGAGAGAGAAAAGGGGGGUAGCCCCCUUUUUUUGCAGUCUAUGCUUUAUCCAUCCAUCUAUCCAUCCCAUGUUUUUAAUUUCCUUUCAUCCAUUCUUCUCAUCCGAAGAUCUUUUCCUCUGACUCAUCGCCGCAUCAGGUUUUGGGGGCCUCAGAGACAAAAGACACCCCAAUUUUUUGUAUCCAAUUAAUAUGCCAGUCCCAUGAGUCAUGGCCUCCGGUGCUAGAGGUAGGCAUCUGUGGGGGCACAAGGAGACCACGCACAUACUGAGUUCCCUCUCCUCCAGAGUCCAGUGAGGAGCGCUGGACGGUACAGACGUGGGAUACUGCUUUCCCUUCCCAAAAUUCCCAUUAACUAAAGAUGUGGACAGAAGGACACAGCAACAACAGCAAGGAGGAUCGGAGCUGACACACAAUGGAAAACAUCUGCUUGCAAAAUUCAUGCUCCUGCUGAGCAGCCUAGGAGCCAGAAACAAGGACAUAUUUCUAGCCAUCUGGACCGAUACAGACAUCAGCACUUAAAAGCACAGCAAGGGCAACCCCCCUAAGCAUCCCCAUGUUACACUGACACACUUUGGACCUCAGAACAGCAAAGACACCCCACCCCCCCACCCCCGCGCGCCCCCAAGCAUCCCCGUGUUAGACCGACACACAUUCCCCUUGCACAUCUCUUCUUUCUCUCUCUUCGCUUCUUCUUUCUCCCCUUCACUCUGUCACCGGUUGCCACUGCUGUACAGUAUUCCCAUUCAUUGAUCCCGUCUGUCUGGAGUGGUUUAGGGGCUUUCCCUGGAAUUCUGCAGCCCUAGCAAAGGAUCAAGAGGGGCACAAAAGAGGUGGAUUAGUGCUUCUGUUUGCCUCCCCCCCCCCACCUCACACACACAUACACACACACAUCACUGAAGAAGGAGAGAGAGAGAGGGAGAGAGGGAGAGAGGGGAAGUCCCGCUACAGAUCCUAAAGGCAUGCGUGCACACACACCCCACGCAUGAGCGCACACGUGCACACUGAUAUGGACACGGACACAAACACCAACGAGGCCGAGAGGAGGAGCGCAGAGAUGCUGUGGCCGAGACCCGGACCCCCGGAGCUCAGCGGGAGCCCAGACCGGUACCUGCGGGUCGAGUCGUGUCCCGAGCCUGAGCCAGAGCACUGGACCAACACUGUGUCCGUCAGCUGUCUGAGGAGCCUCUCUGAACCGGGCUCUCCAUCUGCUAAUAAUAGGUGGGUGAGCCACGAGACAGUGUUUGGAGACUGUGACGCGGGUGUGGGGGUGUUUGACUGUGUGGCAAGCCCACAGUCAUUAGGUGAGAUGCCCACCUCUCAGGGUAUGUAUGCCAGCAGCACCAGUAGGCACCAGCAUGGGGACAGCGGUGCCCAGGGUGACAGCGCUAAGAAACUGAAAGGCCUGCGUCUCUCGGCCAGUGCCCUCUUUCCCGGUGCCACCUGCGUGGACGGAGGAUGCCUGGGGACUGGCACAGCCAGUGGGGAGUGGGUGUCAGAGGGAGAGUUGGCGCGCUGCAAGAAGGAGCGGUCCACCCUGCUGGUCCGCAGGUUCUACAGGAACAACCAGCAGGUAUGCAAGUCCGUCUGGACCGGAACCAGAGCGAUCGUACGCACUCUGCCCAGCGGAGGAAUCGGCGAGCGGGCAUGGGACGCCAUUCUAAAGUGUGCCCGGUGGGCACAGGACCGGGAAGACCUUACUCGUACUGUCAUGAGGUGGCAUAGUCGGCACACUGGCAACAGGCUGUUUGUACGUCUGCAGGAAAGCAUGGCGGUCUCUGGGCCUGGGGUCCUUUUAAUGGAGGUGGUCCAUUCAGUAAGUGGAGAGUGUUGUGGCUGUGAGAGCUGGCUUCUCCACCCCUGUCAGAGACGGCUGUCCUCUCAGUGGCGAGUGUGCGCGUGUGGCGUCUGUGUGUUGUGUGUGCUCUGUGCGACGGGGGCCUCUCGAUACUGGGCCGCACCCCAGCGGACCUGCGUCUCGUCCCGAGUUUCCGGAACCUUCCAGGAGGCUGUGGCGUCUCUCGGGGUCGGAGGGGGGACCCGCAGCGCUCCGUCCUCUUGCAGCGGCAGCCCUCCACCACGUGCCAUGCCCACAGAGCGUCAGCUGAGUUCUCCCAUGGCGGGCUGCGGUUCCGGCGCGGUCUCGUCCCCGGGGGGCCCCGCCGGAGGAGGUGGCAGCGGUGUGGUGAGCGGCAUCAGCAAGGAGCUGGUGGAGCUGCGGCACCUGAUCCAGUUCCCCGAGGAGGUCGCCGCCGUGCUCACGGAGCAAGAGCUACAGCUGUACCGCCGCGUGCUGCCGCUCGACUACCUCAGCUUCCUCACGCACAACCUCACCGCCCACCACCAGGGGCAGGGGCAGAUGGCCCCGCUCGGAGAAGGGCAGAGCCAGGGCAGGAACCAGCAGCAGCACCCCCAACUCAGAGUGUCUCUGUCUGCCCCCAACAUGCCUGUCUGUAGCCAGCAGUCCAAUGCUGUAGAGGACCUUGUGUCACGCUUUAAUGAGGUUAGCUCGUGGGUGACGUGGCUGAUCCUGACGGCGGGCUCCAUGGAGGAGAAGAGGGAGGUGUUCUCCUACCUGGUGCACACAGCCAGGUGCUGCUGGAACAUGGGCAACUACAACGCCGUCAUGGAGUUCCUGGCAGGACUCAGGUCUCGGAAGGUGCUGAAGAUGUGGCAGUUCAUGUCCCAGUCGGACAUCGAGACCAUGCGGCGGCUGAAGGACGCCAUGGCGCAACACGAGACCUGCGCAGAGUACCGGCGGGCCCUGAGUCGGGCGCGGAACAUCCCUGGCUGCAGGGUGGUGCCGUUCUGUGGGGUGUUCCUCAAGGAGCUGGCUGGUUCUCUCGAGGGAACCGCCAGCCUCAUCCGCCUGCGCCCACGUGAGGACUCCAUAGAGUUUGUGACAGACUACACUGGUCAGGACCACUUCCUGCAGAGGGUGGGGCCAGACGGCCUGACCAAUCAGGAGAAGGAGGCGACAGUCAGCAACAUCCUGCAGACCAUCCGCAGCUGCCACCGCAGCCUGGAGGCAGAGGAAGGGGAGGAGCCAUUUAGCAACGGGAGCGCCCCCUCCAGGCAGAACUCCCUCAGAGAGCGGAGCCGCAACCAGUUUAUCGUGGGUGACCUCUCAGACUCAGAGACUGACCUAUCAGAUCAGCCCAAGGUGGAGCCAGACUUCCAGGGUGUGGAGGAGACCCAGAGGGCUUUCGGCCACGGGACGGAGCUCAUCCCCUGGUACGUGAUGUCCAUCCGGGCCGACGUGCACCAGUUCCUGCUGCAGGGGGCCACGGUCAUCCAUUAUGAGCAGGACACCCACCAGACGGCCCGGUGUCUGCUGAGGCUGCAGCCCGACAACUGCUUCCUCACCUGGGCAAAGAUCCACGGCGGCUGCCCCACGAACGGCCGCCUCCGGAGCCCGGGCACAUCAGGGGGCAGCGGACAGGACUUUCCCCAUGUCAGGCCUCAGUGGUGCGGCCAGUCUGUGUUGAGCGGCCUGGCCGACGGCUUCCUGGACCUGGGCGUGGUGAAGGGCGUGUUCCUGGGCCACCCCGGGGCGGACGUGGCGAGCGUGUGCGCGCAGAACAAGCUGCCCGUGGUGCUGAGCGCGCAGGACAGCGCGCUGACGCUCCUCUACGGCACACACACCACGGAGAACCGGCUGCUGCACUUCGUGGGGCCCGCUCACACCGUGCGCACGCUGCACGACGGCCUCAGCAGGCUGGUCGGCGCGCUCAGGAGGAUGAGGAGGUUCCCAGACCAGAGGCUGCACUGGCUCCGGAGGCAGUAUGUCAACCUCUACCAGGAGGAUGGGAGGUAUGAAGGUCCAACUUUAGCACAAGCCAUUGAGUUAUUCGGGGGUCGUCGCUGGAAUAACCCACUCAACAUGACAGCCAAUCAGAAGAGCAACUCUCUCACAACAGCGACCAAUCAGAAGAGCAUCAUGAACACUAAUAAAAAAAAGAAAAAAGCUCUGAUGCGGGGAGAUAGUGGCGAUGCCACAGAUGAUGAAAUGGUCUCUAGGAAGGUAAAGAACAGUCGAGAAGUUCUGGGCCGAAGUGGGUCAGACCCGUCAGACAGUGUAGACCAGGAUGAGCUGGAUGACAGUGGGUCAUUUGGCCUACCUGGACCCUUCUCCCUGUCAGUCAGUAAAGCCCUGCCUCUUAGUGCCUCUUCCUCUUCAACCUCCUCUGCUUCAUCAUCCAACAACAGCCUUUCAGCAUCCACCAACACAGGUAACUGGUCGGGGCGCAUGCUGGCAGGCCGGGGGAAAAGUUCCUUGAAGAGCUUUGAGAACCUGAUGGGUUCUGACUCCACCAUGAGUUUCUCUGAGUUUGUGGAGCUCUUCAAGUCUUUCAGUGUUCGCAGUCGUAAGGAUCUGAAAGAGCUCUUUGAUGCCCACGCAGUACCCUGCAGUCGCACUGCCAGUGACGCUGUGCCUCUCUACACCAACCUGAGCAUAGAUGACAAACUCAGCAGCACCUCACAGCCUGAUCUAGACCUGCUGACUCGUACGGGGGCGGAUGUGGGCUUGUCUCUGCGGGCGUGGGCCCCCGUCGCGGACGGCCAGAGACAGAUCUGGGAUGCCAUCGCCGCCUCCAGCAUCGUGUCCAACGGCACCGGUGUGGAGAGCGCCUCGCUGGGCACCCAGGCCUGGGGCAUAGGCCAGCUCAACGCCUUCCUGGUCAACUACCAGCGGGAACACCACACCUACGACCAGACACUCAGCAUCAUACAGAAGUUUGAGCCGUGUGCCAACAUGCGUCAGAUGGGCUGGAUGUCCUUUGAAGGCUUCGCCAGGUUUCUGAUGGAUAAGGAUAACUUUGUGUCGAAGCUGGAGGAGACCCCGGUGAACGUCCACGAUCUGCAGCAUCCCCUGUCCUACUACUACAUCGAGUCCUCUCACAACACCUACCUCACGGGACACCAGCUCAAAGGAGAGUCCUCCGUCGAGCUCUACAGCCAGGUGCUGCUGCAGGGCUGCAGGAGUGUGGAGUUGGACUGUUGGGAUGGAGAUGAUGGCACGCCCAUCAUCUACCACGGUCACACACUCACCACCCGCAUUCCAUUCAAAGAUGUAGUGGAGGCAGUGAACCGCUCUGCAUUUGUCACCUCUGACCUCCCCGUUGUCCUCUCCAUAGAGAACCACUGCUCUUUGCCACAGCAGCGCAAGAUGGCCGACAUAUUCAAGACGGUGUUUGGGGACAAACUGGUGACUAAAUUCCUGUUUGAGAGCGAUUUCUCUGAUGAGCCUCUGCUCCCGUCACCAUGGCAACUACGAGGGAAGAUCUUGCUGAAAAAUAAAAAGUUAAAAGCUCACCAAGCGCCAGUGGAUAUCCUCAAACAGAAGGCUCAUCAGCUGGCCUCCAUGCAGGCUCAGGCCAGUAACGGACCGAUGACCUCACCUGGCGCCAAUGACGAGGAAGAGGAGGAGGAAGAUGAAUACGACUACGAUUACGAGUCUCUGUCCGACGCUGACGUCCUCAUUACCUCUCCUGCCUUGUAUGGUCAAGAAGACAAUAUCCUGGAAGACCGACCAGAAGGGAAACUGUCAUUGUCCGGUGAAAAAUUCCAGUUUGAAUCAAGUGAUGAAAUCCCCAAGAGGGCAAAGAAAGGAGAAGGAGCCAAUCAGAGUAAAGGAAAGAUCUUUGAUAUGGAUCUGAGCGAGGAGUUUAAUCUGCCGCGCAGUAAGAAAGAGGGGCGGCAGAUCGCUCAGGAACUCUCUGAUCUCAUCAUAUACUGCCAGGCCGUCAAGUUCCCAGGGCUAUCCACACUGACUCCAUCAGGCUCAGCCAGAGGGAAGGACAGAAAGAGUCGGAAGUCUAUCUUUGGGAACGCUCCAGGAAAAAGUAUCCCAGGAGACCCUGUUCCCCUUACCCGGCCCGCAGGGAAAGGAAUGCUGGAGAGCUCACGCCUGAGCUGGGAUGAGCCGAUCUCGCCGACCGUGGGCUCGUCACACUCUCUGAGUGCACUCUUCCGGACGCCCAAGUGCUACCACGUGAGCUCGGUGAACGAAAACGCCGCCAAGCGCCUGUGCCGGCGCUACUCGCAGAAGCUGAGUCAGCACACCUGUAGCCAGAUGCUGCGCACCUACCCGGCUGCCACCCGCAUCGACUCCACCAACCCCAACCCACUGCUCUUCUGGCUGCACGGCAUUCAGCUGGUGGCACUCAACUACCAGACGGAUGACCUGCCCCUGCAUCUGAACUCAGCCCUGUUUGAGAGUGGGGGCAGCUGUGGCUACGUGCUAAAGCCCCCUGUGCUGUGGGACAAGAGCUGCCCUCUCUACCGCCACUUCAGCCCGCUGGAGAGAGACCUGGAGGGGCUGUGCCCUGCUCAGUACUCCCUCACUAUCAUCUCCGGGCAGAACGUGUGUCCCGGGAACACUUCAGCCAGUCCGUGCGUGGAGGUGGAUGUUUUGGGAAUGCCAGCGGAUGCGGCUCACUUCCGCACCAAGGCGGCGCACCGGAACGCUCUGAACCCGAUGUGGGGCCAGAGCUUCCAGUUCCCCGUGGUCAUGGAGGACCUGGCCUUCCUGCGCUUCUCCGUGGUGGAGCACAGCAGCUCGCAGGUCACCGCCCAGAAGGUGCUGCCCAUCAAAGCACUCAGGACAGGUUACAGACACCUCCAGCUGAGGAACCAGCACAACGAGCCUCUAGAGAUCUCCAGCCUCUUCAUCUACAUCCGCAGGGCCGACGAGAACACCACUGGCAACACCCUACCAGCGGCCGGGUUGUUCAGCACGGAGGAGCGGCGGGCUGCUGUGCAGUAUAAGGUGACCAUUCAUGGAGCCCCAGGGCCCGAACCCUUCACUGUGUUGAGUGUGAGUGAGAGGACAACAGUUGCACAACUCACCAGUAAACUCGUGCCAUCCUGUUCCCCUCUCUCUGACGUGUUCCUGCUGGAGGAGAGGCAGCCGCAGACUCGGGAGCGCGGGGAGGUGCGGGGGGAGGCGCGGGGGAAGCCCCCCCUACAGAGGGUGCUGGGCCCCGAGGAGGAGGUGCUCAAGGUGCUCAACAGCUGGAACCCCGAGGAGGGGUACCUGGCCCGGCUGUGCCUCAAGACUAAAGAGGAGAGCCUGAAAGAGACGAGCCAAGUGGCAGAAGGAGAAGAGGAUCUAACCAGCGGAGUUGUGGACGAGAACUCUUUCCUCGUCCACGUCCAUGACGUAUCCCCUGAACAACCGCGCACCGUCAUCAAAGCCACGCGCCACAGCACGGCACAGGACAUCAUUCACCAGACUCUGAGUAAAACCAAGCACUCCAGUGGUCCCCUGUCUCCAACUGACGCCAGUAACUACGUCCUGAUGGAGGAGGUUGCCAAGGAGACGCCGGGCUGGAGGGCCCCACCCAAAUCGGUGCAGAGGGUGCUGUGUGACCAUGAGUGUGUGUACCAGGCCCAGAGUCGCUGGAAGGGGGCGGGCAAGUUCAUCCUCAAGCUGAAGGAGCAGGUGCAGACGGUGCGUGACGACCGGCGGCGGGGCCUGUCUCUGGCCGGGGAGCUGAAGCGCCUGACGGGACGCAGCCGGGGCGUGUGGCUGGGGGCCCAUGCGGGCCUGGAGCUGAGUCACAGUAAGGAGGAGAGGGCCGCAUGCUGCCUCCACCUCACCGAGACCUGUGAAUGAGGGAGCGCACGGCCGUGUGUGUGUGUGUGUGUGUGUGUUUUUGGAGUGAACACGGCCUCCGUCCCACCCACAGGAAGUCUAUCAGAGGGCCUGAAGGCGUGGUUGGCUGAGAACAGACAGGGGGUGGAGAGAGUGUUGCUCGGCAACGCCCUCUCCCCUCCCUCCUGGCCCCUCCCUCUCUUGUGGAACUGGAAGGUCCACAAAUGAAACAGAGCUUCUGAUACAAGCACGCUUGUGCGCACACACACAUACACACACCUCCUUGUCGAGCUCCCUCUGUGCCAGGCAAACAGGUCUGUGUGCUCCCUUUGAGCGCAGGCAUGGGCAGAGCACUGGCCAGACCCAGGCACCUACAGCACCUUAACACACACACACACACACACACACACACACACACACACCUCUGUGCCAUGGACCAUAAGGACACAGACUGUGUAGGAGGUGUGUUUUGCCCACUGCACUGCCUGCAUCUGAGGCUAGAGCUAUAAUGGACAGCUGGUUUCCUGGUUGCUGGUUUUCCUCCUGUGUGACACUGCAAUGUUACUUUUGUUUUUUUUAAUGGCCGUGUACGGACUCUUUACUGAGCUGAAUCUAAAUCUGUCUUAACACCGUCUGCUCGGUAUUUCAGCCAGUACUGAGUUUUAUUCAGUACUGGAUUAUAAGUGGACUGGUUAUGUUCUUAGUUGAGCCUUUGCUUUAAAACAUUAUUUGUGUGUCAGUGAUAAUAACAGUGCUUAGAGUGUCUGCUGCAUUUUUAUGUAUGUGUGUGUGUGUGUGUGUGUUUUGCCUAUGGUAGUUCUGUAGGUCGCUAUGUCAACAUGAACUUCCAGCUGUCCAAUGUCACGGCUGUUCCAAUGUCACAGUACCCGACAAGCAAGAGUGCCACGUGAUGAUGUAAUGUUAUAUAUAAUACACAGACGUUUUAUUGUUAUAGACAGAAGUUGUAUUCAUGUAGGCCAGGAGGUAACAUAGUUGAAGUUGUAUAUUUGAGCCUGUACAUAUAUUUUGUAAGUUUUUUUUUUUUAUAAUUUAUUUGUAGAAAAAUACCAAACCUAAUGUGGUACUGUGUUGUAUUUGUGUUUUAAAGUGAGUGUUGAUUGUUACCAUCAGUUAAAGCCGAACUGGUCCUUGUACUAUUUUGACAUGUUACACUUAAAAUGGAUUGUCUAUAUUAGUUAUGUGGAGAUCUUUUUUGCAUUUGUGGUUGUCAAUCAGUUUGUAGUCUCACUGCAAACAAAGCAGUAACUGGUGAAAGCUGAAACGCUACCGACGUUGACCAAUUAAUGAAUAUGAAUGCCUUCCUUUGACAGAUGAUUUGAGUGUGUAAACUAGCCAUUGUAGCUUUUAUACAUGGAUGUAGCUCACAUGCUUAAAAACCAUCAGAUUUGUAAAGCACUUUCCAUACAGUAUUAGAGGACAUCCAAUGGUUUUGAAUGUGUUAGUAUUGAGUGGAUCAUUUUGGUAUAGCAUGCACAUCUUGAUAUCAUCAUAUUAAGAAUGAUGGUGGUCUAGAACAAUCAUGGCCUUUUUUAGUAAACAAGGGAUUAUCACAUCAUUUAAAAGUGAAGUUUACUAAAGCAAUGAUGCUUAAUCAUCCAAAACAGUUAUAAUUCAUGGCUGAUGUCUGUCAAACUACUCAGUUUUUCUCCUUUCCAGUGAAAAGCUUUGUGUGUGUUUGUAGAGUGGCGUUAUUCGUUGUGUUCACACAGAAGUACUUCUGUGUGAGGUCAGGGCUGCUUGUGUGAACUGCGCAUGUUUGUGACAAAAGUGUCAACAAUCUGGUAUAAAAUGAGUCAGUCCA